AUGGGUCUGGUGGCCAUGCGUUUCGUGUUUAACGUGCCUGUGCGCUGCGGCGGGUCCGGCCGGGGGUUGUCUCUCAUAGGCGGAGGGGUCCCCGGGGACCCGACGCACCUGCGUUUGGGACGCACUUGCGGCGAGACGCACCUGCGUUUAGGACGCACUUGCGGCGAGACGCACCUGCUUUUUAGGACGAACCUGCGUUUGGGACGCACUUGCGGCGAGACGCACCUGCGUUUAGGACGCACUUGCGGCGAGACGCACCUGCGUUUGGGACGCACUUGCGGUGAGACGCACCUGCGUUUAGGACGCACUUGCGGCGAGACGCACCUGCGUUUAGGACGCACUUGCGGCGAGACGCACCUGCGUUUGGGACGCACUUGCGGCGAGACGCACCUGCGUUUGGGACGCACCUGCGUUUGGGACGCACUUGCGUUUGGGACGCACUUGCGGCGAGACGCACCUGCGUUUAGGACGCACCUGCGUUUGGGACGCACUUGCGGCGAGACGCACCUGCGUAUGGGACGCACCUGCGUUUAG